GGGCCCGCCGGGCAGGCGCCGGGACGGUUGUCCGCUAGGCCCGCGGAGGCCGCGGCCGCGCUUCGACAUGCAGAGCACGGAGCUGGGCAACAAGGAGAGCGGCAAGAUAUGGCACCGCAAGCCGUGCCCGGCCACUCGGGACGGAAUUAUAGUGAACAUUGUUCACAGCACUUCUGAUUACCUUCCCAAAGUUUUGCGAUUUUUGAAUAUGGCUUUUGAUAGCUCAGGUGAUUGCUUAAUUGCUGGGGACCAUCAAGGAAAUAUCUACGUUUUUGACUUGAAUGGAAACAGGUUUAAUCUUGUUCAGCGAACAGCACAAGCUUGCACAGCUCUGGCCUUUAAUCUUCAUAGGAAGUCUGAAUUCCUUGUGGCAUUAGCUGAUUAUUCUAUUAAAUGUUUCGAUACAGUCACCAAGGAGCUAGUUAGCUGGAUGAGAGGACAUGAAUCGUCAGUAUUUUCGAUCUCUGUGCAUGCGUCAGGGAGAUACGCCAUCACUACUUCUUCUGAUACGGCACAGCUAUGGGACUUGGAUACCUUUCAGAGGAAAAGAAAGCUGAAUGUUCUCCAGUCUGUGGGUAUACAAAAGGUUUUCUUUCUACCAUUAAGUAAUACCAUCCUCAGCUGUUUUAAAGAUAAUUCCAUCUUUGCCUGGGAAUGUGAUACUCUUUUUUGCAAAUAUCAAUUGCCAGCUCCACCGGAAAGCUCUAGUAUAUUAUACAAAGUGUUUGCUGUGACCAGAGAUGGUCGAAUGCUGGCUGCUGGAGGCAAAUCAAACCAUCUUCAUUUGUGGUGCUUGGAAGCUAAACAGCUAUUUAGAAUUAUCCAGAUGCCUACUAAAGUUCGAGCCAUUCGCCAACUAGAAUUUCUUCCUGAUAGUUUUGAUGCUGGUUCUAAUCAGGUUCUUGGAGUGCUAAGUCAAGAUGGUAUUAUGAGGUUUGUCAAUAUACAGACUUGUAAACUUCUCUUUGAAGUUGGGAGCCUUGAUGAAGGAAUUAGCUCAUCAGCGAUUAGCCCACAUGGACGGUACAUUGCAUCUAUUAUGGAAAAUGGAAGUCUGAACAUAUAUUCAGUUCAGGCUUUAACGCAAGAAAUAAAUAAGCCACCUCCUCCUUUAGUGAAAGUGAUUGAAGAUGUGCCUAAGAGUAAAUUGAAUGCUGGUGAUCUUAAGAUGAAAGUAACAUCAGGAAGAGUACAGCGGCCGGCAAAAGCAAGGGAAAGCAAAAUACAGACUAGAAUAUUGAAACAAGACCUGACUGGUCAUUGUGAAAAUAAAGAGAAUGAGUUGGCAGAUGGAUUAAACAAAAAGCGUUUACAAAUCUUGUUAAAAGGCUAUGGUGAAUAUCCAACGAAAUAUAGAAUGUUCAUUUGGCGCUCUCUGCUACAACUGCCUGAAAAUCAUACUGCAUUUAGUAACCUAAUAGAUAAGGGUAUUCAUGCGGCGUUUAUCAACCUUCAGAAGAAAUACCCCAUCAAAAGUAGGAAGCUACUCAGAAUAUUACAGAGAACCUUGUCUGCGUUGGCUCACUGGUCUGCCAUCUUUAGCGAGACACCAUAUCUUCCCCUCUUGGCAUUUCCAUUUGUAAAAUUAUUCCAGAACAACCAACUCAUCUGUUUUGAAGUUGUUGCUACUCUCGUAAUCAAUUGGUGUCAACACUGGUUUGAAUAUUUUCCUAAUCCUCCUAUCAAUAUUCUUAGUAUGAUAGAAAAUGUUUUGGCAUUUCACGACAAGAAACUGCUGCAGCACUUCAUAGAUCAUGACAUAACUUCCCAGCUAUACGCAUGGCCUCUUCUUGAAACGGUGUUCUCAGAAGUACUAACAAGAGAGGAGUGGCUGAAAUUAUUUGAUAAUGUCUUUUCUAACCAUCCUUCGUUCCUCCUGAUGACUGUUGUAGCCUACAACAUAUGUUCCAGGGCUCCUUUGCUCAACUGUAAUCUUAAAGAUGAUUUCGAGUAUUUUUUCCACCAUCGGAAUAACCUGGAUAUCAGUGUUGUAAUUCGAGAAGUUUAUCAUCUCAUGGAUACCACGCCUGCUGAUAUUCAUCCAGACCGCAUGCUUAAUGUUUUUGUGUCACUGACAAAAGGGCAAUAUCCAGUAUUUAAUCAGUAUCCAAAGUUCAUCGUGGACUAUCAGACGCAGGAACGAGAAAGAAUAAGGAGUGAUGAAUUGGAUUACCUAAGAGAGAGGCAGACGGUUGAAGACAUGCAAGUUGAAGUAGACCAACAAAGGGCUGAAGAUGAAGCUUGGUACCAAAAACAAGAACUUCUUCGUAAAGCUGAAGAAACAAGGAGAGAAAUGCUCUUGCAAGAGGAGGAGAAGAUGAUACAACAAAGACAGAAACUAGCUGCUGUGAAAAGAGAGCUGAAAGUAAAAGAAAUCCACUUACAAGACGCUGCAAGAAGGCGUUUUCUGAAGCUUCAGCAAGAUCAGCGUGAAAUGGAGCUAAGAAGACUAGAUGAUGAAAUUGAGAGAAAGGUACAUAUGAGAGAUCGAGAAAUUGCUACCACAGCCGAAGACCUAGAAAUGAGACGUCUGGAACUCGAAUCACAAAAAAGACUUUAUGAGAAGAAUCUUACUAGAAAUCAAGAAGCUGUUGCAAAAGAAAUGAGAGAAGAUGCAGAUGCCUAUAGACGAAAAGUGGAUCUUGAAGAACACAUGUUUCAUAAACUGAUAGAAACAGAUCAAACUCAGAUCCGAAACACUCAGAAGUUAAUUGAAGAAAAUUUGGCAAAAGCUGAACAAGCAUGUCUAAAUACUGACUGGCGAAUUCAAGCUUUACAUAAACAAAGAAGCAGUGAUCUACAACGAAGUGAACAUUACCAGGAAAUGGCCAAACUCCUUCAGAAAAACAGAAGGAAAGAAAUAGAAGUAUUAAAUGCAAUGAGCGAGGAGGAAGCUAAAAAGUGGAAGGAAGCUGAAGAGAAAGACUUCCAUUUGAAAUCAGAAAGGAAAGCUUCUGCCCUUUCAGAUGCAUCUAGAAAGUGGUUUCUAGAGAAGGAGAUAAAUGAUGCUGUAGAACAUGCUGAGCAUCCAUGUAAUAAAGUAGUGCCCAGAUGCCAAAAUGAACAGGUCGCCUCAAGCUGUUUGCCUGGAACCUCACAAUUAAGUGACAUUUGUGAAGUGGAUUCCUCAGCACGGAGGCAUUGAUAAUGGAAAUCCUAAAAUGGAGGUGGCAAGAUUCUCAGAUUUCCAGCUGGGGAAAAACUGGAUCAGACCGAAACCCAAGUACAAGAAAGUUUGCCAGAUAUCGCUAAUGCUCCUCCAUUUCUUCAGCAUCAGCACUGCUGUCCAAAAUCAGAGCUGGAGGCUCCAGCAGAAGCCUGUCACUCACUAAAUUAAUGAUACUCAUAACUAUUUUUACAUCCUUGUGAAAAGAAAACCUCAGCAUUAUUUUUCAAAGCUAUUACUAAUAUUUGAAUUUUCUGACUCUGUUCUGGGCUGGGCUCCAUUGAAAACUUGUGUUUGCUGUGGGCCCUGAUGGACUGAGCACUGGGACAGCCUCGGUCAGACCCGCUGAGGGCAGGUGGCUUCAUGCUGAUUCGUGGACUUUUGAUCCUUUGACUUGAUUUGCCGGAGGUUUUUGUUUAUUUUUGGAAGGGACAGGGUGGAAACAUCUUAGGGAAAUGUAGUCAUAGCAUUAGCCCAUAAAGGAGCUAACAAUUUCCCAGGAAAGUCUUUGAUUUGUUUUUAAAAGGUGGGGAAGGAACAAGAAACUCUGUGAGACUUUAUUUGAAAUGACUUUUUCAGUAAAACUGUCGUAUAGAUGAAUCAGAAUUUAACAAGGUCUUCUGAGUUCUUUUAGAAGAAUGAACUUUUAUACAGUGUUCCCUAAGACUAGCUUUAUAAGAAAGACACUGAAUAACAAGUCCACUGAGAUUCCAGUGUUGUGUAAAAUAUUUUUGCUAAUUCAUACUUUUAUAGGCAUCUAUAAAUUUGGUGUCAGAAUAUAAGUUAAACCAAAAGUCAUGCGUAAGUCAAAUGAAAGUACAAGAGAUUCUCAACUGUUCUCUAUUCUCACAUGUCAGAACUUAACUUUUUAACUAGAUAAUUCUAAAUUGAAAAUCGAGUUGAGGAUAUUUGGUUAAGUUUAGGUUACUUGGGAGCAAAACAAAAAAGCAUAAAAGUUGUAUUCCUUUGGGGGGAAAUAGUUUGCAGAAGUUGAAACUGAAUAUGUAACUACGUUUCAGAGAAGUGUAUUUUUAAGAUUUAUUUUUUUCUUCAAAUUCCAGUGUUUACCCGCCCCUCUGAAUGAGUACGGGAUGGCAGUUACACUAGGACACAUGGUAGUGCUUUCACCUAGAUUCUGGACUCUUUCUGUGUUAGCUACUAUUAAAAGCAUUUGAGGGCCGGCGCUGUGGCUUAGCAGUUAAGUGCGGGCGCCCCACUACUGGCAGCCCGGGUUUGGAUCCCGGGCGUGCACCGACGCACUGUUUCUCCGGCCAUGCUGAGGCCGUGUCCCACAUACAGCAGCUAGAAGGAUGUGCAACUAUGACAUACAACUAUCUGCUGGGGCUUUGGGGAGAAAAAGGGAAAAAAAGGAGGAGGAUUGGCAAUAGAUGUUAGCUCAGGGCCCGUCUUCCUCAGCAAAAAGAGGAGGAUUGGCAUGGAUGUUA